AUGGAAGAGGAAGGAGGUGGUCCUGGGGAAUGUGCGGCAUCUCCAGCCUGGACCAAACUCUUUGUGGUCGCACUAGUUUCCAGGCAUAUUCUGCUUCUCUUUGGGCCUCAGUGUGACCUAUCUAGAGGCUAUGAAAUCUCCCAAUGCAGGUUCCCAUCAUUUCUCCUACCUACAGAGGCUUUCAAAAAGACAUCUACCCCUGCAACUGUCCUAAGCAAGGAGCAGUAAUAGAAGGAAGAGUAGAGGAUUAUUAGAGAGCUGCAGCUUGUUACCAAGGGGAGUAAUGAGCUGAGAGAUCGCCUGUGCUAUGUAAUGCAGGGAUCCAUGAACAAGAUGUAUGCAUUGCUCCAAAUGAUGUGGUGUCAGUCAUGGGCCUGCUCUGUCACCCUCAUCUCAGAAUGGAUGGAAGAAACUAUAAGAUCUUACUUUGCAGAGUGUUUUUCCAACAACCUGCACAGCCAGAUACAGAUGGAGAAGAGUGUCAUGAAGAAGACAUUGGUCACAUUGAAUCAGGAGAACAAUGUGGUACAGCUUGAUUGUGCAGUUCUCCAGAACUACCUCCUUGACUUGAACCUUGGAAAUAAUGACAAACAGAAGAAGACCAGCAACCUGCAGACCCAACAAAUUGCCCUAGGGACAAGUGUUAAGAGCCAGCAAUCUGACAGCUGGCAUGCAUGCCCCCAACAAAUCAUUGUUUCAAUAACUACUUUCCUCUCUCAGGUCUCAAAAUCUGUUAGAGAGCUGGAAUUGGACACAUUCCAGGAAGACAGCCUCUUGCAGAAUGAGUUGCUUUCUCAGGAAUGCCCUGCUGACCAACAGUCACAGCAUUAUUUAGAUGAAUAUUCUUCAUCUUAUGUAAUUUUAUCAGUGUUUCGAGACCAUAACUUUAUGUAUCAGUAAGCCAGCUUGUCUGGUUGAGGAAUUAAAACCUUUCUUGAACUGACACCACAACUUCUGUGAACACUGAGUUUACUGCCGUGUCACCAAGUGUUAUGGAGAGAAACAGACUCCAGGACUGUGCUUCUAGAUGGUUAGGAAGAGGCAGCUGCGUAGAAACAUUUUUUCUUAUGGUUUUCUUUGCAUAAUUUUUUACUUGUUUAGUUUUUCUUCAUGUUAAAAUUAGUUAUAUGAAAUUGUUCCAGUUUUUCAUUUUUGAUAAGACUUUUGUGUAAACUGUCCACUAAUCGCCUGUUUUUUUGAACACUGUAUUGCUUAUGAAAAAAAUUGAUCUG